CACGCACUACAGUGGUUAAAGUGACAGAUUGAGACUAGCGAGAUAUCUGGACAUCUCACAAAUAUCUGGAUAGCCGAAGCCAUUCAGAGUUCAUCGCCAUCUAGCACCAUCCGAUUGUCUUGCCCAAGCCGAAGAUAUCCAAUUUCAUCAGAGCUUAAUUUGAUUCAGCCUACAUAGUCAAAGCGGCGUAAAAACUGGAAGAAAUACCAAAGCUUGCGAUUCAGAGCCCUGAUUUGAUACCCAGAAAGAGCCCAAACCCCAGUCAGACAUUAUUUGAGCAUACUCUGGUGCCAUCAUUUACCUGGCAUAUACCACAUGACAUCACCUUUUGGCAACAUAAGGCCAGACACGAGCGGCAAGCCAAAGCUACCGCCGCUCUCGACGGCUCUCCCUACGCUGUUCCCCAGUGGAAAAGCCCGCCCGCGCCCCAAACCGCUCCUCACGCUCAACUUCCAAAACAUCUCACCCGCACCUGCGUCACCCGCAUUCCGCGCGCACCCGGUACACGCGCGCCAGACGAGUGACAGCUCGCUCUCGGGCGAGAACGCCUCGCCGAACCUCACGCCGCCCACCUCCAGCAGCGACGAAAAGAACUACACUUACCAUGAUAACCUCAAGACAUAUCCGCUGGGACUCCUAUUGGCUCUGUCUUCCCAGUCUCUGUUUCCGCUGGCUCCAGAUGUGGAAGGCCUAGACGAAGAGGGCUGGCGGCGGGUCGCCCAGACUGGAGCGAUUCUCGACCUCGGGACCCUAGGUGAGGGCGCGGGCGGUGCGGUCAGCCGGUGCAAACUCCGUCACGGCUCACUCAUCUUUGCGCUCAAGACCAUUGUUGCCACUGACCCCUCCACGCAGCGCCAGAUCGUCCGCGAGCUCCAGUUCAACAAGACGUGCCACUCGCCGCACAUUGUCCGUUAUUAUGGCACCUUCAUCAACGAGCGUGACUCCGUCAUCUGCAUCGCCAUGGAGUAUAUGGGCGGGCGGUCGCUCGACGCAAUCUACAAGCGUGUCAAAGAGUUUGGCGGCCGUAUCGGCGAGAAGGUUUUGGGCAAGAUAGCCAUCUCCGUGCUUGAAGGGUUAUCGUAUCUCCAUGACCGCAAGAUCAUCCACAGGGACAUCAAGCCCCAGAACAUCUUGCUCAACGAUUCGGGCGAGGUGAAGCUCUGUGACUUUGGGGUUUCGGGCGAGGUGGUCAACUCUCUUGCCAGUACGUUUACCGGAACCUCAUACUAUAUGGCCCCGGAGCGGAUUGAGGGGAAACAAUACACCGUGACGAGCGACGUCUGGUCGCUUGGGGUGACGUUACUUGAGGUUGCUCAGGGAAGAUUCCCGUACUUUGAAAAGGCGGAGGAUGACUCGGAUAAGACAAUUCCGUUGAUGCCACUCGAGUUGCUCACGGCCAUAAUGGAGUUUACGCCACGCUUGGAAGAUGAAGCGGAGAUCAAGUGGAGCCGGCUGUUUAAAUCGUUUAUUGCGUACUGUUUGGAGAAGAAUCCCGCAAAACGUGCCAGUCCGAAGCAGAUGUUGCUGAGUCACCCGUGGGUGGCGGGGCAGCGGGCAAAGGAGGUUGAUAUGGCAAAGUUUGUCCGGAGGUGCUGGGAGACAGGCUAGUUCAAGGUGAAGGAAUUCCCGACUUUGGAAAACUAGUUACAGGUUUUAAUAGCCGAAGACUGUUACAAGCCAAUUAACAGCUGAAAGAUGGAUAGACUAGUCCAGGGUGUACUCCCAGGUGCGGCAGCCCCCAAGGGGAUAUGCUGCUAUACAGCCACUGUCAAUGGUAUCCAACUGGCUGAUGGGGAGGGUGACACAACGCCCCCCCCCCCCCCCCCCCCCCCCCC